AUGCAAAAAGUUGUUAUUUUUCUUUUUUUACUUCAGUAAUUGUUUAUUUUUUCUAUUGCUUUGAAACUUCAAAUAUUUUAAAUGCAAUAAUUGUUAAAAACUUCAGAAAAUAUAAUACAAAUAGAAGUAUUCUAAGAAUAAUAACAUUAUUUCAAAAGUAAGUUUAAUAAUAAACUUUAAAGUUAAAAAAUGAAUACUUUUCAAAUGGAAUUUUUAAUGUCUUUCAAGCAAUUCUUCAUCAGUUUGUAUUCAGCGCAUUAUUAUAAUUCCUAGAUUAUAAUUUUAAUUCUCUUUUUUAAAUAUUCAAUAGUAUUAACGCCAAAUGCAGUUUAUUAUUUAUUAUUGUUACAAGCUUAUAAUUAUUGA